AUGAAUUCCUUCGAAAUUUUCAUUUUUUUCGUUAUAUUAUUGGCGAAAUCAAAUGAAGCAUUUAAAUCGAAUUUCACUUAUCAUCCGAUGGGUUAUAAUCCUCUUUUAUACACACCUGGCCAAGAUCCAAUAAUUCACCUCGAUCAAUAUACGUUCAAUGAUACGAUUUUCCAGCAAAAUCAUGCAUUCGUUGUUGAAUUUUAUGCUGACUGGUGCGGUCAUUGUCGUGCAUUUGCACCAUUUUUCCGUAGUUUUGCAUAUAAUAUUCAACAGUGGAAAGAUGUGGUGUAUGUGGCCGCAAUAAAUUGCGCCGAUGAAUUCAAUCAAAUGGUUUGUAAAGAAAAUGAAGUCCAUGGAUAUCCUAUGAUAAAGUAUUUUCUGCGAAAUGCACGUAGCGCUAAUGACGCAGUUGUAUUACGAGCAUCACAUUCACUCGCUGAAUUACGAGGUCAAGUCGCCCAUACAAUUCUGAAUGAAUAUAGCAAUUAUCAAUAUCCGGAUUGGCCAAAUUUCGUACCAUUAGUUCAUCUAACUGAGGAAAUGUGGAAAUAUGUGAAACCAUCAAUUAUAUAUCUUGCAAUAAUUUUUGAAAAAUUCGAUGCAGUUGGUGCACAAUUCCUCUUGGAUUUAAAUUUCUUGCGAGAUAAAGUUACAGCAAGACGUGCAUCAUCAAAUUCUGUUCCACCAAAUCUACAAAUAGGCAAUUUUCCAUCGGUUGUACUUUUUCAACGAAAUCAAUCUCGACCCAUUUUUAUAAGUAUGUACGGUGAGCGGGGCUUGGAGGAAGGAGGGAAUGCUAACCAUAUUCAAUUAUUAUUGAUUGACGCGUCUCGGAACCAUUAUAUUCCCUUAAAAUUAUGCCGUGCAUUAUAUUACGUAUCAGAAACGGAUAUGUUAAAAGCAAUGCGAAUGGCGAUUUAUGAUGAAGUUAUUAAAAUUGGUGAUAAAAUUCAAGGCGAUGAUUUUAUAGCACUUUAUAAUUUUAUUGAUCUUCUUGCUACCCACUUUCCAGUGACUACAUUUGCCACUAAACUAGGACACAAUUAUAAAUCGGUUUUAAAAAAAAGUAGCGAAGCUCAACAAAUUUUCAAGCAUUUGCGUGAUGAAUUGUCGAUUCGUAGUAAAGAACAAAAAAUUGCUGUAAAUGAUUGGAUACAUUAUUUCUUGAGUUUUGAGAGUUUAUAUGGGAAUCCAUUUCCAGUGAAUGCUUCAUGGCAGCACUGCAAGGGCAGUUCACCGGAAUUUCGUGGAUACACCUGUGGACUUUGGACAACAUUUCAUGCAAUUACGGUACAUGCAUAUAUGAAUACAAUCGCUCAACCUAUGGAUCCAUUAAAGCCAUUGCUUAGCAUUAAAGGAUGGGUUAGCAGUUAUUUUGGAUGCCUUCACUGUAGAAGGCAUUUCAUUCAUAUGACAACGAAUCUGUUUCCGAUGAAUUCACAAAGGGUCCGCCGAAGUAAAGAUAUGGUUUUUUAUUUAUGGCGAGCUCAUAAUAUAGUAAAUCGUCGAUUACAUGGCGAUUCAACAGAAGAUCCACAAUUUGAGAAACGCCAAUUUCCCCCAUCAUUCAUUUGCCCUCUUUGUUAUUCAGGUGGUCAGUUUAGUCGAAAGCGAGUUCGUAAUUUCCUUUUAAAAUAUUAUGGUACCAUAGUUCCACAUCGAAGUUAUAUAUCACUUGUGAUUCCUUAA